AUGGCAUUCAAAAAGCGGCGCAUCUUCGAUUUGCGGCAAGUUCAGGCCCAACAGAUGGCCACCAACGCCGGUCACAGACGCAGUGAACCGAGCCACAAUCAACCACAUCAUCCACUCCUGCCUAACCACCGCUUCCGCCAGAUCGGAGAAUGGUUCUCCGAGAAUAUGCGCAACUACUGCCAGACCACUUCGCUUCACGGAUUCAGUUACAUCACGCGGCAGGAUAUUAGUCGCAAUGAGCGAUGGUUCUGGCUAGUGGUUGUAAUCCUGGCCAUCAUCACUUCGAUAGUGCUGGUUGUGGUGUCCUGGUAUUGGAGUCAGGAAACCCUAACGGUGACCGUCAUCGAGAGCUCGCACUUCCCCACCUGGAACAUUCCUUUCCCGGCCGUCACCAUUUGCAAUUUCAACAAGAUAUCUAAGAACAAGGCACUCACCAUGCUGGAUCAAAUGCAACUUCCCGUUGGUGUUAAUAAAUCAGAAUUACACAACCUCUUCAAUCUUACACUGUUGCCCGUGGACAACCUGAUUAGCAACAGUUCGCUGCAGAUAUACGACCGGAUCUUAGCCCUCAAUAACAUCACGCUCACGGGUUUAACCCAGCAAUUGUCACCCGACUGCAUCGACAUGAUCUCCAGUUGCAUUUGGAAGGGCAUCAAUACGCGAUGUGACAGCCUAUUCCAACGCAUUGAUACCAUGGAGGGACAAUGCUGCACUUUUAAUUACUUUGGCGGUGUCACCAACAAUUUUCCAGAGAAAAUCGCAUAUCAGGUUCCCAAGCGACCGUAUCGCGUCACGGGCUGCGGCUAUCCCACGGGUCUCUCGGUGCUGCUGAACCCCAUGGUAUCCGACUAUUACGGAACCUUCUUUAGUGGCUACGGAUUCCGCUUGCUCCUCCACGAUGCCUAUAACUUUCCGGAUGAGAAUUCGGAGACCAAAGUGGUCACUUCCACGAGGGAGAGCUUCGUGCGCAUUAAUCCGGAGUCCACUUACGCGACCAAUGACAUUCGCCGCAUGGAUCUGACCCUGAGGAACUGCCUCUUUGGCAGCGAACGGAGCAUGCACGGUCUAAGGCGGUACUCCUUCAUCAACUGCAUGUUCGAGUGCCGGGUGCGGAUGACCAUUGAUCACUGCGGUUGUCUUCCGCCGUAUGUGUAUAACAACGGCAGCUUCAAAGUUUGCGGCGUGCUGGAAACGAACUGCAUGAUUCACAGCAAACGGCUCUUUUCCCAUGCCCUGGCUAAUUUGAAUUUCUCGCUUUCGAUUGUUCGAGAGACGGAUAGCUUUCCAUGCGGCUGUCUACCGGAUUGCCAGUCGAAUCAUUAUGUUUCGGAAAGUACGGUGGGCCGACUGGACAUGAGCUACUUUGCCAACCGACCGACCUACAGCAAUUCAACGGAAGGGAUACUUCUGCAUGUGUUCUUUAGCGAUCUGAUGAGUACCAGAUAUCGAACGGAUAUCUUCCAGAAUUGGUUGUCUGCCUUGGCUUCAUUUGGAGGUUUGCUUGGCCUAAUUAUGGGAUUCAGCAUUGUGACGGCCUUUGAGUUCCUCUACUUCCUCACAUUUAGACCCAUUUUCAACUACAUCAACAGGGACUAG